AUGGCUAAUGUUCGCUUCCGGCGGCCGGUCGCGCCGGUCUUCGUUUCGUUUGCAGAAGUGUACAGCGUCGAUGGUGUCGAAGGACGAAACAUUGAGCUCCAGUGUCCCAUCACGGUGCCCCUGUCGCAGGUUUACAUGGUGCUGUGGUUCAAGGAUAACGCCGGCAUCCCCUUGUACAGUGUCGACGUACGUGACAAAAUCUCCCGCCAGCCGGCACACUGGUCAGCGCCGGAAGUGUUUGGAUCACGUGCCAAAUUCAAUAUCGAUAAGUCACCGGCGUCCCUGCUAAUAAAGAACCUCAAACGGCACGACCAGGGAGUCUACCGGUGUCGCAUCGAUUUUCGCACGAUACAGACGCAAACAUAUCGAUACAAUCUCUCCGUCAUCGUGCUGCCGGAGCAACCGGUGGUUCUGGAUCGCUGGGGACGCCACAUCAACGGUACGAAGCUUGGCCCGAAGGAGGAAGGUGACGACGUGGUAAUCACCUGUCGCGUCUCAGGCGGUCGACCGCAGCCCGAGGUACGGUGGCUCAUCAACGGGGUCAUCGUGGACGAUCAGUACGAGCAAAACUCCGGCGAUGUCAUCGAGAACCGGCUGCUGUGGCCGACGAUACAGCGCAGUGACCUGAACUCCAUCUUCACCUGCCAAACGAUGAACACGCGGCUGGUGGAGGCCAAGGAGACCAGCUACGUGCUGGACAUGCAUCUGAAACCGUUAACGGUGAAGGUGAUCAACGCUCCGGCCAGUCUGGUGGCCGACAAGCGGUACGAGGCAUCGUGCCAGAGCACGGGCUCGCGGCCGAACGCCAUCAUCACGUGGUACAAGGGUAAGCGGCAGAUGCGCCGCACGAAGGACGAGCUGCUCGAUCACAACACCACCGUGUCGGUGCUCAGCUUCGUGCCGACGACCGAGGACGACGGCAAAACGCUCACCUGCCGGGCCGAGAAUCCGAACGUGAACGGGCUCUUCCUGGAGACGGACUGGAAAAUGAACGUCGUCUAUCCUCCGAUGGUGACGAUCCAGCUCGGACCGACGCUGGUCGUCGAUGACAUCAAGGAGGGUGACGAUGUGUACUUUGAGUGUCACGUCCGCGCCAACCCGGACUGGAAGAAGCUGCAGUGGUUCCACAAUGACAUCCUGCUGCAGUAUAAUGGCACCGCGCGGAUCAUCCAGAGCGGCCAGAGUCUCGUGCUGCAGAAGGUGACGAAACAAUCGGCCGGAAAUUACGCUUGCAGUGCAAUCAACGCCGAAGGCGAAACCGUCAGCGAUCAACAGUUUCUUCGGGUGAAGCAUGUUCCCGUGUGCGCCGUCGACAGGCUGAGUGCCAGCAACGGAGCGGCAGCGAAUGUCGUCGGGUCGUCGGAGGGGGGCCGCGGUACCGGCAUACUAAUUGGUGCAUCGCGCAACGAGAACGUGGAAAUUCUGUGCCACAUUUUUGCCGAUCCACCGGCCAGAUCAUUCCACUGGCGCUUUAACAAUUCCGCGGAAAUUCUCCAGAUAGAGCCGCACCGGUACACGAGCCAGGGCAACGUUAGCGUGCUGAACUACACUCCCGUGACGGAUCAGGACUACGGCACACUAACGUGUUGGGCCGUUAACGAGGUGGGCCCCCAGAGUCAACCGUGCGCGUUUCAGCUCGUCCUGGCAGAUCUGCCGGCUCCGGUCACGAACUGUACGCUGCUGGCGAACCGGACGCAACAGUUGGCGGAGAUUCAGUGCGCGCCCGGGUACGACGGAGGCCUACCGCAAAUGUUUGUGCUGGAGCUAAUAUCGAAACGGACCGGAACGCGCAGGUUUAACUUUUCGAACAAAAACGAACCGUUCUUCGUUCUCGAUCGGCUGGAAAAACUGAGCGCCCUGAUGACACUUGAGAACAACUCGCUGUCGUGCGUUGUCUUUGCGCUCAAUCAGAGGGGCCGUAGUGGCCCGGUUCCGAUACCGGACUUUGAAAUUGGACGCAUCCAGUCGUACCGGGCCGCCGACGAGCGGACCGAGCCGGUCGAGUGGCUUCCCAUCGCCGUCGGCAUUCUGCUCACCGUCAUAAUAUUGGCUCUGUCAAUUUCGACCAAAACAUACCUCGGCCAGUGCUGGGCCGGGACCGGCUGUUGCUGCCUGGUGCGGCGCCACUCGAAGCGCAUCGAGACGGCGGACUCAGGGGGCAAAAGUGAGCUGCAGACCAAAAACAUGCUCCUAGCGGACGAGUACGAAUGUGGUGGAGCCCACUGUUUGAAGCUGAAAAACGUGCAAAUGUUGCGCCGGCACAGCUCGCGGAAGAAAAAUACCUCGAAGGAUUCCAACGACGACGAGCCGGAACCGGACGUCAUCCCGGCGCAGUUCAAUUUGGUGUCGUCAUCGCCGCUAAUUACGUCGCCCCUGCACAAAGGCACCACUCCAGGGAGGUUAAAGGCACACCAGGACACCCGGUUCGACGACCCGCUGCUAGCGUGCACGGAGGGGCCGCCGUACCAGUCGAGUACGGGCGCUUCGGCAAGUCUAAACAGCUACCACGUGGUGCCGUCGGACACGCAUCCUGCCAGCGCCCAGCACACAUCGGCAUCGUCGGAAGCGCUCGAGUAUCGCUCGGAGGGUAGCAUCGUGGGGAUACUGCCAUCGCCGAAGCCGCUCGCCGGCUCCGAGCUCGACAUCAACGUGAUCAAGGACCGACUAUUGACGACCCGCGUGCCGGAAAGUUGCGUUUGACGGGCGGCAUCGAAAAAGUGCCGUGACCACUCGGAACGUGCAAAGUUGCAAAGCUGAACGUGCCGCUGGUGAAAGGGCACUCCACAACGGAUGCAACGCUGAACACAAAAAUGUGUCCAGCAGGGGGCGGCCCAGACCGUAUAUUUUGUAUAUAAUAAUAAACGUUAGGGCAAU